AGCAGCCGGGCCGGGGGGGCAAAAUGGCGGCGGCAGUAGGGGUCCGCGGCCGGUGCGAGCUGCCGCCGUGCUCCGGCCCAGGCUGGCUCCUCAGCCUUUCCGCCUUGCUGAGCGUGGCGGCUCGAGGGGCCCUCGCCACCACGCACUGGGUCGUCACGGAGGACGGGAAGAUCCAGCAGCAGGUGGAUUCACCAAUGAACUUGAAGCAUCCCCAUGACUUAGUCAUAUUAAUGAGACAAGAAACAACAGUUAACUACCUCAAAGAAUUGGAGAAGCAAUUAGUUGCUCAAAAAAUUCAUAUAGAAGAGAAUGAGGACAGAGAUACAGGACUGGAACAGAGACAUAAUAAAGAAGAUCCAGACUGCAUCAAAGCCAAAGUGCCCUUAGGGGACCUGGAUCUGUAUGAUGGCACAUACAUAACUUUGGAAAGCAAAGACAUCAGCCCUGAAGAUUAUAUAGACACAGAAUCUCCUGUCCCUCCGGACCCUGCGCAACCUGAUUGUACAAAAAUUCUAGAACUUCCAUAUAGUAUACAUGCUUUUCAACACCUGCGAGGUGUACAAGAGAGAGUUAAUCUUUCUGCACCUCUAUUACCUAAAGAAGAUCCAGUCUUCACAUAUUUAUCUAAACGACUAGGAAGAAGUAUAGAUGAUAUAGGUCACCUCAUUCAUGAAGGCCUGCAGAAGAAUUCUUCCUCAUGGGUACUGUAUAACAUGGCUUCAUUUUAUUGGAGAAUAAAGAAUGAGCCGUAUCAAGUAGUGGAAUGUGCCAUGCGAGCACUUCACUUCUCUUCCAGGCACAAUAAAGACAUUGCCCUGGUCAACUUGGCAAAUGUUCUGCACAGAGCGCACUUCUCUGCAGAUGCUGCUGUUGUGGUCCAUGCAGCUCUGGAUGACAGUGACUUCUUCACCAGCUAUUACACUUUGGGAAAUAUAUAUGCAAUGCUGGGGGAGUAUAACCACUCAGUGCUCUGUUAUGACCACGCUUUGCAGGCCAAACCUGGGUUUGAGCAAGCUAUAAAGAGGAAGCAUGCUGUCCUUUGUCAGCAAAAACUCGAGCAGAAAUUGGAAGCCCAACAUAGAUCCCUCCAGCGAACACUGAAUGAGUUGAAAGAAUAUCAAAAACAGCAUGACCACUACCUGAGACAGCAGGAGAUCCUAGAAAAACAUAAGCUGAUUCAGGAAGAGCAAAUCUUAAGAAAUAUCAUCCAUGAGACACAGAUGGCAAAAGAGGCACAGUUAGGAAAUCAUCAGAUAUGCCGUCUAGUCAACCAGCAGCAUAGUUUACAUUGCCAGUGGGACCAACCUGUGCGCUACCAUCGUGGAGAUAUUUUUGAAAAUGUGGACUAUGUUCAGUUUGGUGAGGAUUCAUCAACCUCCAGUAUGAUGUCUGUGAAUUUUGAUGUUCAGGCAAAUCAGAGUGAUAUCAGUGAUUUGGUCAAGCCUUCUCCCGUAGCCCAUUCCAUUCUCUGGAUCUGGGGCAGGGAUUCUGAUGCAUAUAGGGACAAACAGCAUAUUCUUUGGCCUAAAAGAGCAGAUUGUGCAGAAAGCUAUCCUAGAGUCCCUCUUGGCGAGGAAUUGCCAACGUAUUUUCUGCCUCCGGAAAACAAAGGACUCAGGAUCCACGAACUCAACAGUGAUGAUUAUUCUUCAGAAGAAGAGGCCCAAACCCCUGAUUGUUCCAUAACUGACUUCAGAAAAAGCCAGACUCUGUCCUACUUAGUCAAAGAAUUAGAGGUCCGCAUGGAUCUGAAAGCCAAAAUGCCAGAUGACCAUGCACGAAAAAUUUUGCUUUCCCGUAUUAAUAACUAUACUAUCCCAGAAGAAGAAAUUGGGUCAUUCUUAUUUCACGCUAUUAAUAAGCCAAAUGCCCCCGUCUGGCUGAUACUCAAUGAGGCUGGACUCUACUGGAGAGCAGUAGGAAACAGCACUUUUGCUCUUGCUUGUCUUCAGAGGGCUUUGAAUUUGGCUCCACUUCAAUACCAGGACAUUCCUCUUGUGAACUUGGCCAACCUUUUGAUUCACCAUGGUCUCCAUCUUGACGCCACUAAGCUGUUGCUUCAAGCUUUGGCCAUCAAUGGCUCUGAGCCCCUGACUUUUUUGAGCCUGGGAAAUGCUUAUCUUGCUCUGAAGAAUAUCAGUGGGGCACUUGAGGCCUUUAGACAGGCUUUGAAAUUAACUACCAAAUGCCCAGAAUGUGAAAACAGCCUGAAAUUGAUACGCUGUAUGCAGUUUUAUCCUUUUCUAUACAACAUCACCUCUUCUGUUUGCAGUGGUAAUUGUCAUGAAAAAACCCUGGACAACAGCCAUGACAAACAGAAAUAUUUUGACAACUCACAGUCACUGGAUGCUGCCGAAGAAGAGCCCUCUGAGACAGGAACAGAGGAGGAGCCUGUACUCUCUGUUGAGAAUUCAGGGAGGGAUUCAGAUGCCCUUAGACUUGAAAGUACAGUGGUUGAGGAGAGCAAUGGUUCUGAUGAGAUGGAGAAUUCAGAUGAAACAAAAAUGUCUGAAGAGAUACUGGCUUUGGUGGACGAAUUUCAACAGGCAUGGCCCCUGGAAGGCUUUGGGGGAGCCCUGGAGAUGAAAGGGCGGCGUCUGGACUUGCAGGGGAUACGAGUGCUGAAGAAGGGUCCCCAGGACGGAGUGGCCAGAAGCUCUUGCUACGGAGACUGCAGAAGUGAAGAUGAUGAAGCCACAGAAUGGAUCACAUUCCAGGUCAAACGUGUCAAGAAACCCAAAGGAGAUCAUAAGAAAACUCCUGGGAAAAAGGUAGAACAGAAUCAAGCAGAAAAUGUACAGCGUUACCAAGCGAACCUGGAGAUCACUGGCCCAAAGGUGGCAUCUCCUGGGCCACAAGGAAAAAAGCGUGACUACCAGAGUCUGGGAUGGCCCAGCCCAGACGAGUGCCUCAAACUCCGCUGGGUAGAGCUGACUGCCAUCGUGAGUACCUGGCUUGCAGUUUCUUCAAAAAACAUUGACAUCACAGAACACAUCGACUUUGCCACUCCAAUACAGCAGCCAGCGAUGGAGCCUCUUUGCAAUGGCAAUCUCCCCACGAGCAUGCACACCCUGGACCACUUGCACGGGGUCUCCAACCGGGCCAGCCUUCACUACACGGGUGAGAGUCAGUUAACAGAGGUACUGCAGAAUCUUGGCAAAGACCAAUAUCCACAGCAGUCACUCGAACAAAUUGGCACGCGAAUUGCCAAAGUUUUGGAAAAGGUAAGCCUGCCCCUUCUCCAGCCUCCAACAGUGAUUUCCUCCGUGCUUUUCCAGCCUCCGUUAAGUCUCACUGAUGCUCAGCAGUUGUAUUCAACCCAGUCCUAGAACACCACAGGUUCUAAGUUUCUAUUACGGCAGCACUCCAUUCUGAAUACCAAACAGUGUUUCAGUUAUCCACUUCUGCCUCAGAAACCAGCCCAGAAUUUACUGGCUUCCGACAAAACCGUUAUGUGCUCAAGAUUGUGCAGUCUGAGCUAGACUCAGCUGGGCAUUUCUUCUGGUCUCACUUGGAGUCGCUCAUGCUACUGCAGACGUGUAGAGACUCGCCUGGGCCUGGCCACCAAAGCAGUGUCGCAGACUCGCCUGGGCCUGGCCAUCACUCGCAUGUCUGAUGCGUCCGCUGGAGUGGCUGGGGUAGCUGGGGCACAGCUGGGAAGCUCUGUCUCGGGAGUCUCUCCGGCAGGGUGGCUGGCCCUUUCUCCGUGGUGGCUCGGGGCUCCACAAGGGGGAAAACAGAAGCACGCCGGCCUCUGAGCGCCUUUGCGAGCCUAUGCGUAGCAGAACUGCAGUGGCAUCACUCUGUCCAAGCGAGUGCCAGCGCGCCUGCUCAAAGCCAAAGGCAGGGGAAACGUCCUGCGUCUGCUAGUCAUGACAGAGAAUACAUGGCCCAUCUUUAACGCACCGUGGGUCCCUCCAGAGGAGCAGCAGGACUGACAGCAUCUCAACAGAGAUGGUAGAAACCAGAGGCCAGUGUAACCACAGCUUUCAAGCUGGAAGAAAAAAGCUGCAAGCCUAGAAUUUUAUACCAGCAAACAUGUCCUUCAAAUAUUAAGGUGAAAUAAAGAUGAGUUCAAAGAAACGAAAAUUCAGACAAUCUGGCACCAGUGGGCCUGCACUGAAAUAAUAAUUAAAGAAAGUUCUCAGGAAAAUAUCCCAGAUGGAAAUAUUGACAUGCAGGAGGGACUGAGGAACGCCAGGAAGACAAAUGUGAAUGAACGGUAGCUGUACAAAAUCAUACCUGCAGGACCCGGAGGCGCCGCACUUUUACGUUAUCACUAAAAUCCACGGUAACAAUAACAGAUGAUGAGAGGGAAGUAAAUGGAGUUUAAAAGUUUUAAGGUUUAACUGGUAUCAGCCAAGUACUAAAGUAAUAAUUCGCAUGGGACUGUGAUAAGUAAAAAUACAGUUUUAAGCUCUAGGCAAACUACUAACAAUGGUUUUAAAAUGUAAUUUAACAGAAGGAAAAUGGAAUAAUAUAAAACAUUUGAUUAAUCUGAAGAAAGUCAGGAAAGGAAAAGGCACAUAAAAAUAAAACACAAAUGGUAAAAUAGGAAGUAUAGAUCCCAAGCAUAUCAGUAGUUAGGUAAAAAAAGUUAUAUAAUUUAUGCAUUUAGUAUAGAAUGGAUUUUUUAAAUUCAACUAUAUGCUGCUUAUAAGAGAAACUCUUUAAAUAUCAGGCACAGAAGUACUUCAUGACUGAAGACGGAAAAUAAUAUACCAUGCAAACAAUAAAAAAAGGUGAUAGAGGUAUACUCUCAUCAGAAAAAAUAGACUUUGGGGCACCUGGGUGGCUCAGUCGUUAAGCAUCUGCCUUCAGCUCGGGUCAUGGUCCCAGGGUCCUGGGAUCGAGUCCCACAUUGGGCUCCCUGCUCAGCGGGAAGCCUGCUUCUCCCUCUUCCACUCCCCCUGCUUGUGUUACCUCUCUCGCUGUCUCUCUGUCAAAUAAAUAAAAUCUUUAAAAAAAAAAAAGAAAAAGAAAAAAUAGACUUUGAAGCAGGAAGCACUAACUAGCAUUAGAAGAGCUAAAAGAAAAAGAUUGGUAAUGGCAAAUGUUGGAGAUGCUGUAGAGCAACCAGAACUCUCAUGUGUUGGCAGUGGAAGUAUAACAGUACAGAUAUUUGGGAAAAGUUUGGUUGUCUAUUAAAAAGUUAAGCAUAUAUGAUACAGGAAUUUUACUGGUAGAUGUUUAUCAAAGAGACAUGAAAAUACAUUGUCCACAAAAUACUUGUUAAAAAAUGCUCACAGCAGAUUUAUUCAUAAUAGCCAAAAAAACAGUGAGGUGCCAGUCAAUAGAAGAAUGGAUGAGCAAUGGUGUAUUUACACAAUGGGUACUAAUUAUACUAAUGGAUUCAGCAAGAAAGAUCCAACAUCCAUAUUGAUGAAUCUCAAAAAUACUAUGCUAAUAAAAGAAAUUGGACACAAAAACAUGCAUAGUAUAUGAUUCCCAACUAUAUAAAAUUCUGAACAGGAGAACUCACCUAUGGUGUUAGAAAUCAGAUCACUGGUUGCUUUGUGGAGGAAAGGGUUGACUGGGAAACAACUUGAAAGGACUUUCUAGAGUGUUGGAAAUUUUUUGUGUCUCUAGUAGUCAAAAGUGAAUGUUUUACUUAAGAUCUGAGCAUUUCUCUCUAUGUAAAUUAUACCUGUUUUUAAAAAUGACGGUUAAAUAAAGAUUUUAGACCGCCAGAAACUGAAAGAUGUUACCAACAGACUUGCACUAAACAUCACUAAAGGAAUUUCUUCGGGCAGAAAGAAAACUAUCCUGGCUGGAAACAGGAAAGAGCAGAGAGCAACAGAAAGGGUAAAUAUUAAGAGUAAAUAUAAAUGAGUAUGACCGUACAAAGUAAUAACAGUAGUAUCUUCUGAUAGGAAAGUGCAACAGCAUCAGGUAUGAGUCUUUAUUUAGUCCAGGGACUGUUCUCUGCCUGCCACACUUUGCUGCCAAGUCACAGUUCAAGUGCAAGGGAACAAGUCAAAUGAUGUAUUGUGGGAACUAUCCUGACUUAGAUGUCCCAAGUUCCAUAUAAAAACCAGUAUCUUUUGUGAUAGCCCCUUAAGUCCUGGAAAGGGCAUAGCUAUUUACAAGAACCAUGGCACUCAGAAGCUCAAAACUGGCUUUCCAUGAGGUGUUUAUAGUUUAUUUCCAGUUCUCCUCAUCCAGAUACAAUUUACCAACUGAGGUCAUUUUUACUAUAAGCUACCUUGCCUGUAAGAGAACAUUCCCCCUUUAUUAGGUUUUCAGGAAAAUAGAGCUAGAAGCUAGAACCAUUUCCACUGUGGGCUCACAGACCAACCUCCAUGACCUUGAGUUACUAACUUUAAUACAACAACUCUCAGACUUCAGGGUCCACCAGAAUCACCUGGAGGGCUUAUUAGACUCAACAGAUUGCUGGGCUUCCUGAGUUAGUAGGACUGGGGUUGGGCUUGAGAAUGGACAUUUCUAGUAAGCUGCUGGGUGACACUGCUGGUAUGAAGAUCACAUUUUGAAACCACUGCCUUAGAAAAUGACAGUGAUGACAAAUAAAGCACGCCCUUCUCAUUUAUUACUCACAGAAGAACAAGGAUGUCCAUAUCCUCUUUGCUUCCAACUUUAGAAUAGUCGUUAUCCUUUGUUAUUUCUUCAAAAGCCCCAGGAGUUUUUAGUUUGCAUUGCCAUUAAUUAUCACUAAGUGUCCGCAGAUGACAUUGGUCAGUCCCCAUGUGAGGGUUAAACCCUCAGGGUGCUGCCCCAGGUUGCAGCUGAGGUUGCUUCCACGUGAGCUGCUCAGAAACCUUUGCCACCCCAGAUGUGCACCGUACUGUGGCGAUUUCCAGUGUAGCCAGUUUGUGUGCCAACUUGCCACCUAGCCCUUUUCAACCUGUGUGCUGGUGCAGAGUAGUUCUCCCACUUCUGUCCCCCAUUCCCCCAGCUAGGGGCUCAGGAUCACCGCUCCAUGCUGAUUAGAUCUGUGGCCAACCCAGUUUUGGUCAGAGCCAACCCAGCUACUCCACCCUCUUGUCUAUUCCAGCCCCGGUCACAAACACAGAGUCAAGCUCGAGUCUCUUCCCCACCCCUUGCCAAGCAUCAAUGCCUAGUUUGACCCAAAUGCAUCAGCUACCCCAAGGCAAUGUCAUUCUUGCCAGCCGGCCCACUUACAGCUGCACUUCUGGUCAGUUCCAUUUCAUGGACAGUGGGGAGGGGAGGAGUGGGCUGUUUCUCUCGGCAUAAAUUUGUCUCCAGCUUUCAUCUAGUCCCACAAUGGAAAGAUUUAUCCUCUAUCACACGAUGUCAAACUUUUGCCAUCAGACUCUGAGGAAGUUGGCCCCCCACUGAGACUUGAGUCUCAUCUGCAUUUCCCUGGGCAUUCUUUUAUGUCACAGUGCCUUGGCCACAUUGAACCAAGGAUAUGAAAGUCCAUUCUGCUGCUGCUACAACUCGGCAGUAUCCACUGUCAGUGGAUUCCUGGCCAGCUAGAUAAAUAUUUUAUACUCGCACAACUCAGGGCACUUGUGGUCUUGCCUUCACUCAGAAGGAUAGAAUAGGAAACCCAGUAAGCCAGCCACGCGGCUUUUCACGUGUUUUCCAAGAAUUCCCAGAGCAGGGGUGCCUGGGUGGCUCAGUCAUUAAGCGUCUGCCUUCGGCUCUGGUCAUGAUCACAGGGUCCUGGGAUCGAGCCCCGCAUCAGGCUCCCUGCUUUCCCACUCCCCAUGCUCGUGUUCCUGUUCUCGCUAUCUCUCUCUCUGUCAAAUAAAUAAAUAAAGUCUUAAAAAAAAAAAAAAAGUUCCCAGAGCAGUCUGGCAGCAGUCCCGGGGACAGUUAUCUGCCCCUUAUCUGCCCCUUCCCCCAAAUGACAGCUCAGGGGUAAGGGAUCAAGACCACAUGAGUUGAGUGUGGGGACAGCCCUGGUUUAGAACUCGCAAGUUCCAUAUAGGAACCAAUAACUUUUACGAGAGUCUGGUGGGCCUAGAGUCCAAGAAUUCCAACAAGGGCCAAGAAACGUCACACUCGGGAAUGGUCACAGUCCUUGCAGUCCACUGUAGUUUAGUCAGGUCAGCUUUACCAUAACUGUGUUGGCUGGUAACAUGGCUGACAUUCUACCUUUGUUAGGUUUCCAGGGGAACACAGCUAAAAGAUUCACAUGAGAUUAAUUUUCCCAUGAGUACACAUGGGCAGGAUGUUAGGUUUUAGCAUUAUCAGGGAAGUAGUAAAAUUAAAGUAAUCAUUUGUAUUUUUAGUCUGGAGUAAUUUAAAGAUGCAUAUUGUAGUUUCUAGGCUAGUCAUUAAACGAACAGUUAAAGAAUGUAUAGUUAAGGAAAAAUGGAAUAAUAAGAAAACAUUUGAUUAAUUCAGUAAAGAAGCAAGAAAGGAAGACAAAAGGAAUAUAAAAUAGAAAUAUAUGUUAUAUGUAAAAUAUAAAAAUGGGUAAAAUAAAACAGAAAUAGUAAAGCGAUAGAGAUAAGCACAAUAUGUCAGUAAUGACAGUAAAUACAAAGGGACUAAGUAUUCCAAUUAGAGUACCAACAUUAUCAGACUGGGUUAAAAUACUGAACCCAAUUAUGUACUGUUCACAAGUAACGCACUUUAAUAUAAGAUAUUAAAUAGUUGAAAUUAAACAUGGGAAAAAGAUAUAUAAAUACUAAAUAAAAGAAAGCUGUUUUAACUAUACUAACAUCAGACAAUGUGGAAUUUAAGGGAAGAAGAAUUACUACAGAAAAAGACAAUUCAUAAUAAUAGAGUGGUCAGUCCACCAGGAAUACAGAAAAUUGUAAAUCUGUAUGUAACCAAUAAGAUAAUUUCAAAUAAGGCAAGCAUUAAACAUUGGCAGAUCUAUACAGAGAAACAAAUGAGUCUACAAUCAUAAUAGAUGUCAACCUCUCUCAGUAGGUGAUAGAACUAAGCAGACAAAAAAAAGUAAAAAUAUAGAUCAUCUUGCUAAAAAACAAAUUUGACCUAACAUAUUUAUAUAAUGUUGCAUUAAACUGUGACAUAAUUCUCAUUUUUUAAAAAAAGCAUAUGGCUCAGUUGGUAGAGCAUGCAACUCUUGAUCUUGAGGUUAUGAGUUCGAGCCCCAUGUUAGGAUGGAGCCCACUUAAGAUAAAUUUUUAAAAAAUGCACGUGGACCAUUUACUGUGUUGAUCAUAAGCUGAGUCAUAAAUUAAAAUAUUGAAAUAAUAUGCAGAGUAUAUUUUCUGACCAUAGUGGAAUUAAAUUAAAAAAAAAUAAAGAUCAGAAGCAAAAGGAAAGAUGGAAGAUCCUCAGCAAUUUUGGUGACAUUAAACAGUACACCUCUAUGUAACCCAUGGGUCAGUGAAAGCCCAAGCAAAAUUAGAAAAUAUUUUGAAAUGAAUGGUAACAAAAAUAAAGCAUGUCAAAACUUGUGGGAAUGCAGCUAAAGCAGUGCUUGAGGGAAGUUUAUAGCCCUUAAAUGGAUAUAUUAGUUUAAAAAAAAAAACAAAAAACAAAUCAGUGAUCUAUGCUUUAAUCUCAAAAAGCUAGAAAAAAAACAAAUCAAAACUACAGUGAGAUAUUUCUUGCCAAUGAUACUGGCAGAAAUUCAGAAAUUUGAUAGACUCAGUGAGGCUGUGGGGAAAUUGGCACUGCUCUUCAUACAUUGCCGGUGGAAAGGCAAAGUGGAAUAACCUUUAUGGAGAGAAAAUUGACUACAUCUAGCAAAAUUAUACAUUCAUUUACCUGUGUAGCCAGCUUUCAGGAAUCUUUUCUAAAAAUACACUGGCAAAAAAAUUAAUACAAAAAUACCUAUGAAUAAGGCUGUUGAUUGUAGCCUCAUUUGUAAUAGCAGACUGGAAACAACCCAAAUGCCCAACAGAAGGAGACUGAUUAAAUAAAAACUCAUCCAUGGGUGUUUAUUGGGUGUGAACAUCCACACAAUGGAGUCUUUUACAGCUGUCAAAAAGAAUGAAGACAAUUUCUGUAAACUUCUAUGAAGUAAUCUCCAGGAUAUAGCCAGUGGAAAAAAGAAAAAGUGGAGAAAAUCAUCUCUCUGAUUACAAUAUUUUGUUUUUUAAACAAUGGCAAGGUGGGGGAUGUAUGUAGAGAGAAACAGAUAUUUUAAAAUGGAAGAGUAACUUUUAAAAAUACUUGUAAAUGGUUUUCCAUAGAGGGAAGAAAGAAAUUGGAUGGGAAAGACUGGGCAUAAAGCUAGUUUUCCUUGAAUCUACAUUGUCCUUUCUACUUGACUUUGAAAACAAAUAUUUUAUAUAAUUACAAAACAAAUUUUAAUAAGGCAAUUCCUAAUUAAAAGUAAAAUUAAGUGAGCCCAACUAUGUAUUCAGUUGGUGGUAUAACCAUCAAGAGGAACUAUUCCAAGUGACUUUAAAAGACAAUUAUUGGACUGCCUCCCUUGAUGGGAUUUACCCUAAGCACAAAAGAAAACCUUAUUCGUUUUCAAUAAUACUGUCAUUAAUAAUACUGAUAUUGUUCUGAGGCUGUAGGUGUGUGCAAUGCAAAAUAAACGAGUAAUUUUGUUGGUGAUGUUGAGAACUAGAGUUUGGGUACAGGUGAAGGACAUAAAAGUGUGAGAAUGAUGAUGUUAAGUAAAUGUCUGUAGUCGUGAAUUAGAAAUAAUAGCAAAACUUUCUUAUGUAUUUACACAUUUCCUAACUUUAUUUGAUGAAAAGACUAGUAUCAGUGAGUAACCCAGUAUUGUUACCACUUUGUGCCUAGAUAUUGAUGUUUAGAUACCAUUUUCCACUAAAAAGAACCAGAAUUCCUUGGAGAAAUGGCUUCUACCAAGUCUGGGAAAGCAAAGAGGCUCUGACACAAAGUUUGUGUCAGAAGAACUCAGAGCCAACUGGAAUAUGCUUCCAUUGGCCAAAGAUGGAACACUUUGAGCAGCAAAAAUCAACAAAGCAACUGAGUGGGUGGAACACAUCACAUAUAUUAAACGAUAUUUAAACUCCCAAAUUCACUAUGAGGAUUUGGCCUUGGAGGAUGCAUGGGAACAACUUAGUUUUUUGUUUUGUUUGUUUUUUGGUGGGUUUUUUUUUUUUUAAUAUAAAGAGAAAAUAACAAAUAUGUUUCCUUCCUUUCUAAAUGAACUGUACUUUGGGGUUAAUGAUUCAUUGAUGAGAAAAAAUCUCUUUAUAGGAAUAUUCCAACCAGUAAACUAGAAAUGAUAGAAUAUUACAGUUUUGCUGCUCCUAAUUAAUUUAUGGCAGUGAUCAUCACUCACUGCUAACUUCACAAAUACACCCAGACACUGUGUGGGGUACCGUUGGACGUUCACAUUACCACCUGUGAAGUGUUUUGCCACCCUCCCUCCUCGGUAAGUCAAAUCUGAGGCCAGUCAAGCCUCUACCAACUAAUGGGAAAUACAGGGGACAAAGGAGCAUGUUAGAUGACUCCUGGGAUGCCAUCAGCAGAAUCCAGUCAGUGGAAAACAACAGGAUGAAUAACCCCAUUUCUUCUACAGAAAUGUUAAAAAGUAGAUGAAGAUGAACCCUAGAAAUCAAGAGACUUACAGAACACAUUAACCAAUGGCAACAUAUGGACUUUAUUUAGAUUAUGAUUCAGAUUACAAAAGCAGAAUGAACCUGCAUAAGACAACCAGGGGAAACAGGACUAUUGAUGAUAUUAAAAAAUAAUUUUCAAUAUUUUAGGCAAGCUUUAUUAAUCUUAUGUUUUAAUCAUGAGUUUUUAUCUUUUAGAGGUACGCGCUGGAAAACUUACUGAUGAAAUUAUAUGAAGUCUGGGAUUUGCUUCAGAUUAAUAUGGAUGAGGGGUUAGAGAAAAUCAGAAGUGACCAUGAGUUGAUAAGUGUUGAAGCUGGGCAAUGAGUGCAUGGAAGUUCUUACACUAUUGUCUUCUUUUGUAUAUAUUUGAAAUUUCUCAUUAUAAAAUAUUUUUUAAAUGUUAUCUCAAAGAUGAGCAACCAAAUAGCAUAUCAGAAAUGAGGAAGUUAAAAAAACAAAUUGACACAUCUUAAACUAAAAAUAUAUUUGGGGGCGCCUGGGUGGCUCAGUCAUUUAGCGCCUGCCUUUGGCUCAGGUCAUGAUCCCAGGAUCCUGGGAUCGAGCCCCGCAUCGGGCUCCCUGCUCCACAGGAAGCCUCCUUCUCCCUCUUCUACUCCCCCUGCUUGUGUUUCCUCUCUCUCUGUGUCUCUCUCUGACAAAUAAAUAACAUCUUUAAAAAAAUAAAAAUAGGGCGCCUGGGUGGCUCAGUCAUUAAGCGUCUGCCUUCGACUCAGGUCAUGAUCCCAGGGUCCUGGGAUCGAGUCCCACAUCGGGCUCCCUGUUCGGCGGGAAGCCUGCUUCUCCCUUUCCCACUCCCCCUGCUUGUGUUCCUGCUCUCACUGUCUCUCUCUCUGUCAAAUAAAUAAAUAAAAUCUUUAAAAAUAAAUAAAUAAAUAUAUUUGUUUAGGUUGAAUACUCAUUGGGUGAAUCAGACACAAAUAACUAGUGAAUUGCGAGCUUUGUGCAUAAAAAAUUACCUAAAAUAUUAUAGAGACAAGAAGAUAAGUGAAUCAACAGAUUCAGGAAGCGUGCUAUAUUCCAAGCUGGAUAAAUAAAAAGAAUUCCAUGCCUAGCUACAUCAUAGUAAAACAACAAAGACAAAGGUAUCUUAAAAGCAUCUGUUUCAUUCAGGGUGCUGUCAGGAAAACAGAAACGACAUUAGGUCAUUCAGAAGAGCAAACUGAAGGUAGAGAAUGGAUUACAUUGUUGUGGGAGGGCGAAAAAGAAAAAAAAGGGAACACGUGACUGGUAAGCUAGAGAUACCAACUGUUGGGCCUGGCUCCCACCCCUAGGGAUGAGAGAAACAGGCAGGCAGUGGGGUUUUCAAAAUCUAAGCGUUCACAGGCGGAGUUCUGGCAAGCGGGGGUUCUGGCUUCUGAAGAGGGAGCCAAGCCUGGCUGCUGAAGGGAUGCAGUGAGGCUGGGUCUGUGAGUGCAAGGUGCUGUUGCUCAGAUGACAGUGGCAGGUGCAACACGCAGACAGGAAGAGAAAAGCCCUUCUCCCCCUUGCCUUCCGGUCUGCUAGUGUGCACGUUUGCAGACCCCAACAAGAAGCCUGCUGGCGAAGGAGAACUAUGGUUUGCAGAGUUCCAGCCACGGUACCACAGAGCAGAUUAUAUAAUUUUGGAUUUGCAUCUGACCACUUAAUAAAGACCACAUAACCUGCAUGCACGAAUUUAUUCAUCAACAAAUAUGUAGCAAAGGCCUACUGUGUACCAAAUACUUUUUAAGUGCUUGGGAUAAAUCAGUGAAGAAAAAUUUAGACAAAGAUCUCUGCCCUUAUGGAGACAGAAAGGACAGAUUACAGAGGAAUGAUGGUUAAAAUGACAGCCUGUUUCUUACAGCAACUAUCUAAGCCUGAUGAUAGUUUUGAAAGCAUACUGGGCCCCCCUAGAAUUGUGUACCUUACAAUGAGAGAAGAAUAAAGACAUUUAAAGAUAACUGGGAAAAGUUUACUACCAAGAGUCUUACCUAAAGGAACUUCUCUAUAUGAAAGCCAAAGAAUUGUCUGAGACAAAAGAUUUGCAAGCAGAUAAAAUGAUACAGGCAUGCAAACCCAAACAUGUCUGUAGAAAAUGAUAGUUUGUGGGAUUUUUUUUUUUUAAGAUUUUAUUUAUUUAUUUGAGACAGAAUGAGAGACAGCAUGAGAGGGAGGAGGGUCAGAGGGAGAAGCAGACUCCCCGCCGAGCAGGGAGCCCGAUGCGGGACUCGAUCCCGGGACCCCAGGAUCAUGACCUGAGCCGAAGGCAGUCGCUUAACCAACUGAGCCACCCAGGCGCCCAGUUUGUGGGAUUUUUAAGAGAAAUGGCUAAACUGAAAUACUGUACAAAACAAUAUAUAUUUGAGGGUGGGAUGAUUCGAGUUAAGAUGUUCAAAAGGCCUCUUAACAUUUAGGAGGAAUGAAUUAACACAUUGCUUGGACUUUGCGUUAAGUACUGAGUAAAGAUUUAAGGUUAACCAUUAAAAAGAAUGCACAAAUCCCAAAUCUUUGAGGAUAAAAUAAUGAAGGUAGGAAGGGGAGGAUCAAAAAAAAAAAAUGCAAGAAGUGGAAAAAAAAGGAAAAAAGAAGCGUUUAAGGAUCAGACCAACAGCAACAAAAAAUGAUAAGAACAAAUAGAAGCCAAGAAGUAAAAUCUUUUUUUUUUUUUAAGAUUUAUUUAUUUAUUUGACAAAGACACAGCGAGAGAGGGAACACAAGCAGGGGGAGUGGGAGAGGGAGAAGCAGGCUUCCCUCAGACCAGGGAGCCCAAUGUGGGGCUUAAUCCCAGGACCCUGGGAUCAUGACCUGAGCUGAAGGCAGGCACUUAAUGACUGAGCCACCCAGGCGCCCCCCAGAAGUAAGCAAUCUCAAAAACAAUCUGUAAUAAGGGGCAGGGCAAGUUCAGUUUCUUUAAUAAAAGUAUUCAAAUUAUCUCUCUUCUUGAGUGAGUUUUGUUGUGUCUUUAAAGAAAUUUGUCCACUUCAUCUAAGUUGUUGAAUUUAUUAGCAUAAAAUUGUUCAUAAUAUUUUUUUUUCUCAUUCUGCUAACAUCUGUAGGAUCUGUAAUAACAUAUGCUGUCAUAAUUCUGAUGUUGGUACUUUGUAUCUUUUCUCUUUUUUUUCCUGAUCAGACUGACUAGAAAUUUAUCCAUUUUAUUGAUCCUCUCAAAGAACCAAGAACUCAAGGUUUUGGAUCCAUUGAUUUUUCCCUGUUGUUUUUAUUUUCUCCUUCAUUGAUGUCUGCUCUUACCUUUACUAUUUCCUGUCUUCUGCUUCUUAGGAUUUAAUUUGCUGGGGGUUUUUUUAGUUUCUUUAUGUGGAAGCUUAGGUUAUUGAUUUGAUCCCUUGCUUUUCUAAGGUAGGUGUUUAGUGCUAAAAGUUCCCUCUAAAUUCUGUUUUAGUCGCAUAUCACAAAUUUUGUUGUGUUUUCAUUCAGUUUUAUUUUAUUUUAUUUUAUUAUGUUAGUAACGUACAUUACAUCAGUAGUUUUUGGUAUUUUCAUUCAGUUUAAAAUAGAUUAUAAUUUUCCUCCUAAUUUCUCCUUUGAUCUCUAAGUUAUUUAGAAGUAUGUUAUUUGGGUUUCCAACUAUUGGGCAUUUUCCAGAUCUCUUUAAUUGAUUUCUAAUUUAAUUUCAUUGCAGUAAAUGAACAUAGUUUGUGUGACUUAAAUUCUUUUGAACUUAUUCAGACUUGUUUUAUGACCCAGAAAAUAAUCUGUCUUGGUAAAUGUUCCAUGUACAUCAGAAAAGAACACUACUACUGUUAGAGUAUUUUAUUUUAUUUUAUUUUUUUUUAAAGAUUUUAUUUAUUAUUUGACAGAGAGAAUGAGAGAGAGAGAGCAUAUGAGAGGGGGGAGGGUCAGAGGGAGAAGCAGACUCCCCGCCGAGCAGGGAGCCCGAUGCGGGACUCGAUCCCGGGACUCCAGGAUCACGACCUGAGCCGAAGGCAGUCGCUUAACCAACUGAGCCACCCAGGCGCCCUGUUAGAGUAUUUUAGAAAUGUCAUUUAGGUCAAGUUAUUUGAUAAUAUUGUUCAUGUCUUCUUUAUCUUUACUCAUUUUUUGUGUAUUUCUUCUGUUAUUGAGAAGCAUAUUGAAAUCUACAGCUAUAAUUCUGAAUUUGUAUAUAUUUUAUUUUCUAUCAAUUUUUUAUUCUUGCAUUUUUAAGUUCUAUUAUUAGGUGCAGAAAUCAAUGAAACAGAAACCAAAGGUAGAAUAGAGAUCCACACCCCAAAAGUUGUUUCUUUGAAGCACUAGUCAGACAGAAUUAAUCAAGAAAAAAUAAAGCAGGGCGCCUGGGUGGCUCAGUUGGUUAAGCGACUGCCUUCGGCUCAGGUCAUGAUCCUGGAGUCCCGGGAUCGAGUCCCGCAUCGGGCUCCCUGCUCAGCAGGGAGUCUGCUUCUCCCUCUGACCCUCCCCCCUCUCAUGCUCUCUCUCUCUCUCUCUCUCUCUCUCAAAUAAAUAAAUAAAAUCUUUAAAAAAAAAGAAAAGAAAAAAUAAAGCACAAAUAACUAAUAUUGAGGGAAAGGGGAAGCAAAACUACAGCUAAAAAGAUAAGAAAAUGAUACAAUUAUGCCAAUAAAUUUGAAAACAAUUUGUAAGACAAAUUGAAGACAAAUUUCUAGAAAAAUGUAAUUAUCCAAAUUCAUUUGGGUAUCAGAACUCAAAUAAAUUGAAGCAGUAGGUUAAAAAAAAAUCUUCUUACAAAGAAUAUAAGGUGUAUUUAUUUUAAAUAUGACUUUUACCAAACUUUUAAGAAAUACACCAUCUCAAUAUAAACAGACUCUUCUGGACAGCAGAAAAGGGAACAACUUUCCAGUUAAUUGCUUGAGACAAGACUAGUGUAACCUUGAAAACAAAACUAGACAAAGACAUUAUGAGAAAGAAAAUUAUACUCUAAGCUCACUCACAAACAUAGGUAUCAAAACCAUAAACCAAGGGGUACCUGGGUGGCUCAGUCAUUAAGCAUCUGCCUUCGGCUCAGGGCAUGAUCUCAGGAUCCUCAGAUCAAGCCCUGCAUCGGGAUCCCUGCUCUGCGGGAAGCCUGCUUCUCCCUCUCCCACUCCCCCUGCUUGUGUUCCCUCUCUCGCUGUCUCUCUCUGUCAAAUAAAUAAAAUCUUAAAAAAAAAAAAAAGCCAAAUUUUAACAGACUAAAUCCAACAGCAUAUAUUUUUCUUUUACAGGAUGCACCUUUAUCAAGUUGAGUUUAUCCCAGAAAUACAAAAACGGUCUAACUUUAGGAAAACUCUGUAUUUCAUCAACCAAAUUAAAGGCUUAAAAUUAUGAAGUUAUUUCAGUAGAUUGUAUUUGAUAAAAUGCAAUACCAUUCAUGAUGUAAAUUAAUGCAAAUUAAGAAUAGACAGGACUUCCUUAAUCUGAUGAGAAGAAUCAACAAAGUAUUACAGCAAAGUUUUUUUUUUAAAGAUUUUUUAUUUAUUUAUAUGACAGAGACGGAACACAAGCAGGGGGAGUGGGAGAGGGAGAAGCAGGCUUUCCGCGGAGCAGGGAGCCUGAUGCGGGACUCGAUUCCAGGACCCUGGGAUCAUGACCUGAGCCAGAGGCAGACACUUAACGACUGAGCCACCCAGGCACCCCACAGCAAAGAUGAUUCUUAAUGGGGAAAUAUUUAAAAUAAUUCUUCAAAAUCAGGAAAGAGAAUGCUCACCAUCACCACUUUUUUCCAAAUUUGUACCAAAAGUCCUAGCAAGUACAGUAAAUUAAAAAAAAAAAUUAUUGUCCUAAGUAUUAGGAAGAAAAAAACCAAAAUAUUAUUCAGAAAUGUUGUGAUUAUCUACAUAGCAACCCCAAAAGAAUCUACAAAUUUUUAGAAAUAAUAUUUUUAUCAAGAUAGCUGCCUGUGAAGUCAAUAAAAAUAAGUUGCAUUUCUAUACAGCAGCAAAAAGUAUUUGAAAACACAAUUUUCAAAGUGUAUUUCCAUCGCUACAGAAAUAUAAAGUUCCCAAUAAUAAAUCUAACAAAAAAUUUGUAAGCCCUGUCUGCACAAAGUGAUACAACUCUAUUGAAAGGCAUUUUAAAAGACCUAAAUAGAGAGAGAUAUAAUGUUCAUGGAUAAGACAACACACAUCAUAAACAUGUCAGUGUUCCCUAAUUUGAUUUAUGGAGUCAAUGCUACUAUAAUAAAAAUACAAGUUUGGUUUUCUUUAUGGUACUUGAAAAGCAGACCUUUAUAUGGAAGGGUAAGGAAUAGACCUAACACUCUUGAAAAAAAUAAGGUUGUGAGAAUUACCUUACUUUUAUGAAAAAUUAUAAAACAAGCCAUAAUGCCGUGUGCUCAAGGAUAAACAGAAAUAAUGACAAGCGGAGACUACAUAGAAAGUCCCGAGGCAGACUCUGACAUACACUGGACUGUGGAAGAUCAGCUGGGAGAAGGGGGAUUUUGCAGGAAGCUGUGCUGGGGCAAUUGCUGAGCUCAUUCAUCCUAACCUCACAGCUUACACAAAAAAGGAAUUCCAUUUGAAUUAAGGAUUUGAGUAUGAAUGUGGGAGAUGAUCUUUCUGGCCUUGGAAUAGAAAAUGAUUUCUUAAGAUACUAAAGCACUAACUAGAAAAGAAAAUGUGAAUAAGUUCAACUACAUUAAAGUUUAAACUUUUUUAAAUUAAAUGCAUUUUUUAAAUGAAAGAGAGAUAAGCCAGAGUGAGAGAAAGUAUAUGUAACACAUUCAACCUACAAGGACUGAUAGGCAGAACAUAUAAACAAAUUGAUGAGAAAGAUAAAUAAUAAAAUAGGUACAUAAAAGAUAUUAACAGACCCUUCACUGAAAGAAGAUGUGUGUGGCCAAUAAACUCAAACAAUUUCAGUCUCACUAAUGAUCAGGAAAUGCAAACCAAGACCUCAGUAAGAUGCUGUUUUACCCCCACCGAUGACACCAAGAAUUAGAAAGGCUACAAAGCAAGAAGCACUUCUAAACAUUGAUGGGAUUGUAGAUUGUUACAGCACCUGUAAGGAACAAGUUAGCAUUCUCGUGUUCUGUUGGACCUUUGCAUAUCUUGUGAACCAGCAAUCCUACCCCUAGGUAUCUACUGUAGACUGGAGAAACUGCACAUUUAUUUGCAACAGAAAACUUAAAAACAGGAAAUAACUCAGAGCCCCCAUCUACAGAAAAUGGAUAAAUACAUUAUAAUAUAUUCACUUAAUGGACAUUUAAUUGUGCAGCAAGGAAAUUGAAUGAGCUAAAGUUACACACGAUAUGGAUGGAUUUUAGAAAUAGAGUGUUCAGUAAAAACUUCAAGUCCCAGAAGACUCCUUACAGUGCUAAACCACUUUUAUAAUGCACGGGAUGAAGUACACUAAGUAUUAUAUUGUUGAAGCAAGUAUGUGUGUGUGUGUGUGUGUGUGUGAGAGAGAGAGAGAGAGAGAUGGAACAGUGUUUUAAAAAGCAAUGGAGGGCCGCCUGGGUGGCUCAGAUGGUUAAGCAUCUGCCUUCAGCUCAGGUCAUGAUCCCAGGAUCCUGGGAUCAAGCCCCACGUCAGGCUCCUGGCUCAGCAUGGAGCCUGCUUCUCCCUCUCCCUCUGCCUCUCCCCCUGCUCAUUCUCUCUCUCUCUCUCUCUCUCUCUCUCUAUAUAUAUAUAUAUAUAUCUGUGUCUCAAAUGAAAAAUAAAAAUCUUUAAAUAAAAAAAAUUAAAAAGCAAUGGAAUAACAAACAGCAUUUAGGAUGGUGUGUGCCUCUGGAGAAAAGGCAAGAGGCUAGACACAUAGGUGGCUGCUGCAGGUUCAUUCUUCACUAGGGUGACAGCUUCUGGGAUAUUCGUUACUUUAUGUUUUACAGCCUAAGUGUAUAUUUUUAUAUAAUCGUGUUAUAUGUAUAUAUAAUUAUAUAAAUAUGUUCCUUUGUAUGUGUGAAAUAUUGGCAUUAAAGAUAAUUUGAGAUUUAAAAAAGAAUCCUUUUGAGAAACCAGUCAAAAGGACCAAGUCACUAAGAAGGGGGAAUAAGCCAGGCAGCCUCAGAUUUCUUUGCAGCCAUCAGGCAAUGGAACAAUGCCAACACAUUAUUCAAGGAAAGACAGAAUGAGCCAGCGGUCCUUCAGGUAUGAAGGCUGCAGACAGAAAGUUUUGAACAUGUCUGUUAGUUUGCUAGGGCUACCGUAACGAAGCACCACAGACUGGGUACUUUAAACGGUAGAAGUUUGUUCUCUCACAUUUCUGGAGGCCACAAGUCUGAGAUCCAGGUGCCGACAGGGUGGGUUUCCUCUGAGACCUCCCUCCUUGGCUGCCGAUGGCUGGCCUCUUGCUG